AUGAUGAAUAACAGCCAGUUCCACGAGCUGUUUGGAUCUCAGUGGCCCCCUGAUCAGCAUGGGGGUCACUCGUCAGCAUCCACUAUGCUGCACCAGGGUCAGAAUCUGCCACAAGGUAUGCAGCUUAAAAGGGAACCCCAUACUGAAGUUCAGGGGGUGAUGCAUAACCAGAUGGGGAUGGAUAUCACAUCAGCGUCCGUUGCAGACAGUACUUCACCCCCACCAGGAAAUAGUGACGGAAUGUUCGGUUCGUCUCUAACAGGGAUGUUCAUGGACAAGAAAGCUGCCAACUCUAUUAGAGCGCAAAUUGAAAUUAUACCAUGCAAGGUGUGUGGGGACAAAUCAUCGGGAGUACACUACGGCGUCAUCACUUGCGAAGGAUGCAAAGGAUUCUUCAGACGUUCCCAGAGUACAGUGGUGAACUACCAGUGUCCAAGGAACAAGGCAUGUGUGGUCGACCGAGUGAAUCGUAACCGGUGUCAGUAUUGCAGACUGCAGAAAUGUCUCAAGCUGGGCAUGAGCCGUGAUGCGGUUAAAUUCGGGCGUAUGUCAAAGAAACAGCGCGAGAAAGUAGAAGAUGAGGUCAGAUACUUCCAAGAGAAGAUGCGUUCUCAGGCUGAUGCUGCACCGGACUCAGUGUAUGACACCCAACAACAAACACCGAGCUCAAGCGAUCAAUAUCACGGACAUUAUAGCUUCCCGAACUAUGGAUCUCCGAUAUCCUCAUAUGGCUACAACAACCCGCCACUAAAUUCAAAUAUGAAUAUGCAGCCACAGCCUCCACAAUACGACGUGUCUGCUGAUUACGUCGACUCUACCACCGCAUAUGAACCGAAGCAGAGUGGUGGGUUCCUUGAUACUGACUUUAUAGGACACGACGAACAACAAAAGGGCAUCAGAGCGACAACGUCUACAGCCACUGCAACAACUUCAACAACAACAAUGAGACAGUCCAUAAACGACAUGAACCGUCGAAUAGAGUUCGACAGAUAUGAGAGGAUUCAGUCCCCUGCCACAAUAUCUAGCGGAGUGAUCAGCAUAAAGCAGGAGAUAAAGCCAGAGACUUCAAUGGGCGUGGAAAAUCUGGUCGCAAGCUAUGUGGACUCUACAACAUUCCUGCAUAGUCCAUCAAACAUAAAUAGUCCAAUGGAUAUACAGAACUCGGUCCUUGUGGGCCAGAGUUCAGUUUCAUUGACCAGCGAAGAGUUGAGUCCAGAUGACCUAACAUCAAGCAGUGGGAGAAUAAUGGACCCUUUAAACAUGAAUAUGUCUGGUAUGGGCAUGGUCAAUCCCAAUGCUGUGACAAACAGGCGACAUCAAGGCUCUAGCAGUUCUAAUGAUGAUUUGCCGUCUGAAGGAGAUAUCAGCAAAGUGCUGGUUAAGAGUCUGGCUGAAGCUCACGCCAAUACAAAUCCCAAGCUGGAGUACAUACAUGAGAUGUUCAGAAAGCCACCAGAUGUGCCCAAAUUGCUGUUCUACAACUCGAUGUCAUAUGAAGAGAUGUGGCUCGACUGCGCAGAUAAGCUCACUUCUAUGAUACAAAACAUAAUAGAGUUCGCUAAACUCAUUCCCGGCUUCAUGAAGCUGAGCCAGGACGAUCAGAUUUUGUUACUCAAGUCGGGAUCAUUUGAACUGGCCAUCGUGCGUCUUUCACGGCUGAUCGAUGUAAACCGUGAGCAAGUUUUGUACGGCGACGUAGUUGUACCCAUACGAGAGUGUGUUCAUGCACGCGAUCCUCGCGAUAUGAAUUUGGUGUCAGGUAUCUUCGACGCUGCAAAAACCAUCGCGCGUCUGAAACUCACAGAGACUGAGCUCGCUUUGUAUCAGAGUCUCGUGUUGUUGUGGCCUGAACGUCAUGGCGUUCGCGGUAACCCGGAGAUACAGUGUCUGUUCAACAUGUCGAUGGCGGCAAUGCGUCACGAGAUUGAGACCAAUCACGCGCCUCUCAAAGGCGAUGUAACUGUCUUAGACACUCUUCUUGCUAAGAUACCCACCUUCAGAGAACUAUCGCUGCUCCAUUUGGAGGCUUUGUGCCGUUUCAAGGCGGCCCACCCUCAUCACGUGUUCCCAGCUCUAUACAAAGAACUGUUCUCUUUAGACAGCGUUCUUGAUUACACACACGGA